CACAACUGCAGCGCAGAAACGCCAUGAUGUGAAUUUCAUGCCAGCGGCACCCGGGGCAUGGCGCUUGCGGCGGUCAAAGCUGGCGAGGCGGGCAGCGACGCUGCACGCCUACUAAUGGGCGGUUAUUCUCAAAAUGCUUGCGUAACACCGCUGGCGCUGUCUCCUUCCAGAUGGCCUGAGACGUACGUGCCCAUCCGGAGGAUACAGUUUACCAGCAUGGAUGAGGUCCUGGAGAUCAUGAAGCCCCAGUCUGCCGAUGGCAUUCCUCUUAUCAUAGAAGGAUCUGAAAUUGUAGAGGUGGAGAAAUGGGCAAGCCCGUCCUUCGUACAAAGCUUGUUGAAAGACAAGAAGGUCCUGGUCAAAAAGUCGGCGACUUGCAAGUUCAGAUAUUUUGACCUGAAAAAGAACAUCGGCAAGUUCGACUUUCAGCAGCCGGUGGAGGAAGUUCAGGAGACCUUCAGCGAGUUCAGCCGAGAGUCUGAGAAACUCCUGGAAGAAGGCUCUGAUGCCAGAAUGUAUUUACAAGAGACCUUGUCUGGCCACUGCGAGAUGGCGGAGGAGUUUGCCACAUGGAAAUGGGAACUGCCGAUCCGCAUCAGCGCUGCCUGUGGAUGGGGUCUGCCGGAUUCCAAUGAACUAUUUGUUGGAAUGCAUGGAGCGGAAACACCACUUCACUUUGACGAGCGCGAGAAUCUUUUCUUCCAGAUAAGAGGGCAGAAAGAGAUCGUGGUGUUCCCCUUCGUUGACUACAAGCGAUUGUAUCCAUUUCCAACCACGCACCCCUGCGAUCGUCAGUCCAUGGUUGGCAGUCCAGUAGAUCCGGACGUCACCGCCUUUCCAGAGUUCCUUGGUGCUGUUGGGCACUUCGCGACUCUCAAGGCUGGGGACCUUCUGUACUUGCCUUAUGGGUGGUGGCAUUGGCUGCGGAACUUGGAGCACAUGGCAAUGUCGAUCUCUUUCUGGAGCACAACACCAUCCACAGACUUCGCGAACGGUAUUCCUGACAAGUUCACGGACCAUAUGCUGACGAGAGUUAAGCGUAACUUGGAAAGCCUCAUUGCACAACAGUUUGGCCCGGAGAAUCUCAACUCCAGCAUGCUGGACCUCAAGAAAGCCGUUGAGAGCAAGGAGGACGUUGCAGUCCUGCAGUACGCACGUAGCCUUCUGUCAGCUGUCAAAUUGCCACCAGAGGAGCAGGAUGGGUUCCUUCUAGAGGUUGUCCAGGGCAGAUUUGGCAUUGAUUGGAACCGCUAUGUGUGACAUGGCGCUUGCGCAACCCGAAGUGACGCAGUGUGACCACAACGCCUCUGACCGUUUUAUACAGACGUUGUGCAUGUUUGGUCAUGUUUGGAAUGCAUUAGAGUGGAAGCGAGGAUGUCUGAAAGACAAUGACUGCUUCGGCUCUUAUGCCAUCAGGAUUAUGUUGCGAAUGGAGGUGCCAUUUGGUGCGGCAUGCAUGGCAGUUGGCACGGAUGCGCGUGAGCC